GUGACGUUUCCCCGGGGCGCAGGGAGCCAUGGCGGCCCCGCUGGCGGCGGGCGGCGGGGCGGGGACGGGGGCGGCGGCGGCGGCGGGGCGGGGGGGCCGCGGGCCGGCGCUCCGGGAGGGGGCGCGGGUGUCGGCGCUGUGCCUGGCCUGGUACGGGCUGAGCGCCGGCGGGAACGUGGUGAACAAGCUGCUGCUGGGCGGGUUCCCGCGGCCCGUCACCGUCUCCCUCUUCCACAUCCUGGGGCUGUGCGGGCUCCUGCCGCCGCUGCUGCGCGCCUGGCGGGUGCCGCCCGCCGGCCCGGCCCAGCUGCCGCCCCGCGCCUACCCCCGCUACAUCCUGCCCCUCGCCUUCGGCAAGUACUUCGCCUCCGUCUCCGCGCACGUCUCGCUCUGGAGGGUCCCGGUCUCCUACGCCCACACAGUAAAAGCGACGAUGCCAAUAUGGGUGGUUCUUCUUUCGCGGAUCAUAAUGAAGGAAAAGCAGACGACGAAGGUGUACUUGUCUCUGAUCCCCAUAAUAACCGGUGUCCUCUUGGCCACCGUCACGGAACUUUCCUUUGACAUGUGGGGACUCAUCAGUGCACUUGCUGCUACUCUGUGUUUUUCGCUUCAGAACAUCUUCUCAAAGAAGGUGUUAAGAGAUUCCCGAAUACAUCAUCUUCGGUUGCUGAACAUACUUGGGUGCCAUGCUGUGUUCUUCAUGAUCCCAACGUGGGUUUUGGUAGAUCUUUCUUCCUUCUUAGUAGAGAAUGACUUGAGCACGAUGUCUCAUUGGUCCUGGACCCUGAUGCUGCUUAUAAUCAGUGGAUUCUGUAAUUUUGCCCAAAACGUCAUUGCCUUCAGUAUUCUCAACCUGAUCAGCCCGCUGAGUUACUCUGUCGCAAAUGCCACGAAAAGAAUCAUGGUCAUCACAGUGUCCCUGAUAAUGCUUCGCAAUCCCGUUACGAGCACCAACGUCCUCGGAAUGAUGACAGCUAUCUUAGGGGUCUUCUUAUACAACAAGACAAAAUAUGAUGCAAACCAAGAGGCAAAGAAGCAGCUACUUCCAGUUACAACUGGAGACCUCGUGAAUUUGGAGCGGCAUCGAAACACUCCUGAAAAGUCUCAGAACGGACUUACGGCGUUUGCCCAGCACGGAGACUAUCAGUACGGUCGAACCAAUAUCUUAACAGACCACUUCCAGUAUAAUCGGCAAAACUAUCCAACUACCUACAACUUAAAUCGUUUUGAUAUAUAGAAUCCUGGCAAACAGGUACAGACUGUGAUAUCAAAGUGUCCCCAACAUUGUCAGAAACUUUUAGUACAUCCAUGAAUGUAAAGCCAUUUUAUCGUACAGGUUUUGCAGAAGGGAAGGUGCAUGUGUAGUGAAAGCGGUACAGACCAUCAGCUUCUGCUGAGCGGAGCUUUAAACGCCAAACAGCUAGAUCUGACACCGGAACUAAGUGCACAGCGUAGCUCUCGUACGGAGAUUCUGGUGAAACGCACGUACGAAGCUGCAGAGUAAAAUACCUGCUGUCGCUGCUCCUUUUCAGAGUCUGUCAACUGAUUAUUCUUUUGGCAGCUAAAUUCUGGCCAGUAUUUUGUUUCCACACUGGUAACGUCACCUUGAAUUUGUUCUCUGAUAUCUUUUAGUGAUACUUUCUUUUAAUGAAACUUUCAGAAAGAAGUGAAACUGAGGCGUACUUCUGGUUAUCCGGGGCUGUCUGGUAGAGGAGGGUUGGCUCACGUGCAUCGGUUGCAGACAGGUAGACCUGAAUUCAUCGCGAGCAACUACGAAACUUCACGUGGGUAUUAAGUACGUCUGUGCCAAUGCCUUGGGUUUUUGCUGGCAAACCAGAAGUGUUUCUGAGACAGUAGAGAGUGGAAAGAUUGAUCUCUGGAGAAGCGUAUUUCAGGCAGCGAGAAACGGAGUUCUCUAAAAUCACUGUUGUCCCAGUCACUGUAGGUGACAAACACACACACGCAGCUUAAGGUCGUAAUUGUUUCUGAAUAAUGUAGCCCCGUAACUUCAGACGUUGCUCUUCCUUGGCAAUACAGACAACACCUUCACAAAUAAAGUGGUUGGAAUAAUAUGAUUUUUUUUUUUUACUUGCUUCACACCUGUUCUUACGAAACUCUCUUGUUGCUUUAGAAAUUGAAAGGUUUAAGGUGUUUUCUUCUCAGUUUUAUGCAUAAAUUAUGCUCUCUUACAUGAUCCGUAUAUUACGAACGCAUUCAUUUGAAUAAUCAUCCUUCUUAAUUGUUUCUUAAGUCUAUCCUUUUAGCCCUAAUUGUUUUUUUACAUUUCCUAAUUACUGCUGUUGGAGUUGCUGUGUGCACUUAGCCUGACUUCUGCGUCCUGUUGAAAGAAGUUAAAACUCGUGUCCUGCUCUGUUCUGCAGCUCCCUAGCUCCAGUAGGAAACUGUUAAGAAAAAAUGACUCGAAUCAGCAGUAACAGGUAAAUCGUGCUCGAGAAGAACUCACUCGCUGGUAUCAGUGAACAUACUCGAUCCUAGGCAAGUUGAUUGUUGCGCGUCAGGUACUGCAUUUGUGCACGAAAGGAUGAAACCAGUUGAACUCGGGUUUCACUGAAUCAGACCGUUACUGUUAGUGCUUUAGAAAAGAAGAUUUUAGGGGCCUUCUUUCCUUAACAGAAAAGCUGUUGCACAGUGAGAUUUUUGAUAGCAUAAGUAUAAUGGUUUUACUAGAGACAUAUUAGUCCCAGGGACAAAAUUCAGAGUGUGGUACAGAACACUCCCUCCACUUAUUUAUUGCUUUAAAAAUGACCAUUUCCAUGAUGUGAGAUGAUGAUUUGGCUCCUUUCUGGAUAAUAAAGAAUUUAUUUUUAAGUGCAAAGUCAACCUGAUCUUAUUCUUUUGGCUGACUGUGGAGGUAGUUACGUAGACUGCCUUCCACCACACGGCCCGAGAGAGGAAAUGGUGCUGAAAGCACAGGUGGGUUACGAACGCUGCUAAUGUUUGUGAGCAGAACUUCCUCGACUUGACUGGAGUCGAAUCUGCCCAUGCUAGCGCAGAACUUGGGCUUUUAGCUUAGAAAAGUCUAAAUAAAUAAAUUAUUCCCCAACCCAGGUUAACAUGAACAAGAUAAUGGGGGGGGGAAAAAACCAACAUUCUUUCAGUGAAAUUUCUUUUGCCUCUUCCAGCGUAAAUUUAUGUAUAAUUAUUUCUUCUUAAUAUGGGAAGGUGCUACAUGUGUAUUUCUGAGCCUCACUUCCCAAUAUUUAAGUGCUUUUACAUACCUGUAAAAAGGAUUGUGUGGACUCCGGCUGUGGAUUGGGUUCUGGCUCUGUAGCAGACUCAUUUGAGGGUGAGACUUUUAGGCUGAGAUUUUUAAGAGGGGCUCAAGUUCUCCAGCUGCUUUCAAAGGCAGCUGGAAGUUAACCGUUAGACUCCUGCAAAUGCUUAAUUGUGUUCUUUGUGCCUCAGUUUCCCAUCUGGAAAAUGGGGAUGGUUCUUCCCUGCUCCACAGGGGCGUGAAACACCAGGGAAAAGUAGCAGUGGGGGCCCCAGGGACGUGGGGGCGUGCUCUGAGUUCAUCUGUGCAUCUUGGGGUGCAUCUGCCGCUGUACCAUCGUCAUACAACUGGAACGGGUACUCGGAACAACGCUCCGCAUACUUUAUUCACAGACCAGGGGCUUUAGUAAACAUAUUUAGAUGGUUUCUGUUUAAAGAAUGUAACCAGAUCUUUCUUGCAGGUCUGUUCAGAGAAAGCUUGCACUGCACACUUACCGCGGCAGGUCUUUAGCUCAGCUUUUUCUGUCACAAAUACGGCAGCAGCUGAGGGCUUUCUGUUGAAAAUACCUUGUCCCAAAUUCCAGUAUGGGCUUGUGGCCUCACUUUGUCUCUGAAGCAAAACUGCUGUACGUGCAGAGCAAAACCAGACGGACCCAAAACGAGGAUAUCGUCUUUUAGGGCCCAGAGAGUGAAUCUCUUCCCCGGAGACUGCCUGACAGUGUCCGUGCUCUUCUAGUUCAGGUCUGUGGUCAACAGGGGUAAUUUUGUCUGGUAGAACAUGUAAUUAAAACGGUCGCGUAAAUCGGUUACAAGAGGUGGUUUUGCUGAGUACCUGAAUCCGAGUCCUUAAGCAAUAUCGCCCACAUUCUGGUAAAGGAAGUUUCUGAUACUGUUGUAAUAUGUAUUUUAAUCUUGGACUGCUGGAAGAUUUUGUUUGGCAAGGUGAAACAUUUGUUUUAACAUGGUUUGUAAAUUAAUGACGUAUUUAACUAUGUACAUAGGUCUGUAGAAAGUAUGGAAACACUGGAAUAAAAAGGGCAUAUCUAGACAAUCGUGUAUAAUGACCCUGUUAUUAAAUCAAAGUAAAGGGGGUUGGUUUGGGUUUUUUACGGCAGGAAGCUUUGGGAGUGCCGUGCGUUAGUAGUAAUGGCCACUUGGGAGAUGAACUGGAUUACUGUUUUGCCGUACGGCUGUGAGACCUGACCGGGUGGUUACAUAGACUGAAACUAGGGUGAUGGGGAUGCCGUAGCUAAUUGUCGGAGACCAGUCACUGGUAUCCUUAGAAAUGUGUUGAUUUCCAUUGUGCAUUUCUAGCAUACAUGGAAAUACAGCACAACAUUGGGAAAUUCUUCCCAAAACAGUCCUGGAUGUUUCUAGAAACACCAGUGUGAAAGACACCAAUCUCUCCCCACUACGUGUGGGUUCUCUGGUGGUAGCUCCGUAGAGUAUUUGGUGCUCUUUGAAGAUCUCUUGGAAAUACUUCCCUUGCAGAUUCAAUUUUAGUACCCAGUAGCAAUUAGAGCAUCUUUAUCAUCUGGUAAAAUGCUUGUGUUUUUUUAAAAUACCUGAAUGCUAAAAAAAUUUGAGGCAAUACUUAGGCUUCGUAGGUGUACAGUGAUUUGUAAAAAUAAUGUUGGUAAUUUGGGGUCAACUCAUGGUGAUUCCUGAAGCUCAAGACCUUCUCUUCCUCAUGUCUGUUCAAACCCACAUUUUUCUGAUGUAGCAUUUUGCAGCAGAAGAAACUUCUGCCAUGUAGCUGUUUGUGGAAAAGGUGCAAUAUAAAUAAAGGGAAAGUUUUGCUAUUCUAAGGCUUCCAUUUCUGAACCGUGUUGUAAGAUAUUAAAAAUAAUUCUGGAAUAUCUUUGUGGUGAUGGUACAGGCCGGUAAAACGAAUUUGUUAAUCCUGAGAUCAGAGGUGUAUGACACAACCACAGUGUGUACAUACCCAAGUGCAAAUAUGCAGGUGGCAGUCACCACCCAUCUUUUUUUUGUUGUUGUUUUUUUUUUUUUAUGUUGGUAAUCUAUAAAUUUAUGUGAAUAUGGGUGGUUUAACAAAAAAAAAAAUAAUACACUCCUUACUGUAUGAAACUGGCACUGAAGCCAAUGACCGCUUUUGUAUUGUUUUCCUGUUCUUAUUUCAACUCUCGUUCUCUGAAGUUCUGGCUGUUCCUUGGCCGGAUUGCCGGCCACGCACCCCUCCAGCCUGCCGGUACUGCUGCCGGGGCUGGGCUGCCGGGAGGAAACCACACUGGUGACUUCCAGGUACUGGGACUCUUUCCUCUCUGAAAUAAAUCAGGUGUUCAGAGGGUUUUUGGCAGACACCUCUGUCAGGUACCUGUAGCUUUUGAGGCACUUUGUGGAUAAACCAUUGCUGCGUGCUGAGGAACGCGGCAGCCUGGACGGUGACUGCGUGGGCUCCAAUGUGCAAAGCAGUAACAGGAGGCGGCAGCAAGAAUUUUGAAAAGUUUCUUACUUUUUUUUUAGUAUGAGCUAAAAUUUGAACUUACUCUGGUUUCUGGGAUCAGUCUUGAUUUCCAGGACUGCAGAGUGAUGUAGAAUCAUGGUCAGAGUCUGUACUUUUUUUUUGGCGUUUGUUUGUUAUUUGGAUACACAGAAACAUCCCUCUUUCUGAAUUUUUGUAUUCUGUAGAUAAUAUAGUGGGGUCUUCAUGGUAUGUCUUGUUAAGAAUAAAAAGUUCUGCCUUUUUGU